AUGACAGAACAAAAAAUAGCCUUGAUUACAGGUGCAUCAUCUGGUAUUGGCUUUGAGCUAACUAAACAACUUGCAGCCAAGGGGUAUAAGAUUUAUGCCGCCGCAAGAAGAACAGGCCCAAUCAAACCCCUAGAAGAGCAAUACAGAGAUUUGAUUAUACCAGUACAGUUGGAUGUUAGUGAUCCUGCUCAGAUUGUGGCCUUGAGAGAAAGGUUUGAAACAGAGCUUCCAGAUGGCAAAUUACACAUCCUGUACAACAACGCCGGACAAAGUUGCACACUCCCAGCUCUGGACUUGACGAACGAUGCCAUAGAACAGGUUUUCAAGGUCAAUGUGUUUGGUCCCAUGAACCUGUGUCGUGAAAUGAGCCAGUUCGUGAUCAAUUCGCGUGGCACGAUUCUGUUUACUGGCUCCGUUGCUGGACUAAUGCCAUUCCCCUUCGGAUCAGCUUACGCCUCGACCAAAGCUGCCAUUCACCAAUAUGCACGCGUGCUACACGGAGAGAUGAAGCUAUUCGGCGUACGUGUUAUAAACGUUAUCACUGGUGGGGUCAAGACUGACAUUGCCGACAAACGUUCUAUCCCAGAAGACUCGCUCUUCAAUACGCCCGAAGGAAGGCCCGCUCUAGAAUAUCGCAAGCAUAUGUCUGACAACAACCACCCAAUGAGCGCAGACGCCUAUGUGAGAGAAGUAAUCAAGGACAUAGAGCGCUCUUACGAUCCUGUCGAUGUGUAUUUGGGUACAUUUUCGUCCAUUGCCUAUUGGAUCUACAAAUUCGCCCCUUACCCAUUACUAGAAUGGGUAUUACGUCGCAGAUUCAAGCUUGACGGAAUUUACAACUCAUUUAAACGCAAGAAUGAUUGA